UCCGGCUCCCUUUCUCGGCCUUCACUCUCCGACAUUACCACUCACUACUCCUUUCUCUCUGAGGUUCCCUUGCUGCUCUCUGUCCUCUUCUCUCUGUUCGUCCUCGAUUCGCCACCAGCGAACUCUAACCCUUGAUCGGUUUCUCCCUUCGUUCUGCUCCGAAAUUGGUGCUCUCGGAGUGGGGAUGGUGGAUUAGGGCUCGGAUCGAGCUAGAGCGAGGCCGGUCAUGGCUGCAGAACUCUGAUGUUUUGAAACACUGUGGUCGGGGUUAGGGUUAGGUUUUGUAUAUGUCUGUUGCUGAGCUGAAUGAGCGGCACAUCGCCGCGAAGGCGACAGUGAACGGUCUGCGCGAGCGGUUGAAACGGAGGCGGCAGGCGCUGCUCCACACCGAUGUUGCUGGGUAUGCUAAGAGCCAUGGGAAAACAGCGAUUAGCCUUGGUUCCACGGAUCUGGUUUGCUGUAGGACCAUGCAGGGUCAUACAGGGAAAAACCUUGUCAGGUCUAUUCACUGGAUUGGGCUCCUGAAAGGAAUUGGAUAGUUAGUGCUUCUCAAGAUGGGUGAUUAAUUGUGUGGAAUGCGUUAACAAGCCAGAAAACACAUGCUAUAAAGCUUCACUGUGCAUGGGUCAUGACAUGUACCUUUGGCCCCAACAGUCAGUCUGUUGCAUGUGGUGGUCUUGAUGGUGCAUGCUCUAUUUUCAAUCUCAAUUCUCAAGUUGAUAGAAAUGGAAAUAUACCAAUAUCAAGAAUACUUACUGGGCACAAGGGCUAUGUAUCGUCUUGUCAGUAUGUCCCAGAUCAGGAAACUUGACUAAUUACCACCUCAGGGGAUCAGACGUGUUUUAUGGGAUGUUACUACUGGUCAGAGGAUCUCCAUCUUUGGAGGUGAAUUUCCAUCAGGACACACAGCUGAUGUGUUGAGGUAAUUGCACAGAUCCCGUCAUGAAGUCAUGUACUAGAAACCAAAAUGCUUCAGUCAUAAAGUUUUGUAGUUUGUUUCGGCCAAAGGUAGCUUAGUUUUACAUUGGAUGAA